UUUGAGAGAGGGAGAAAGAAACAGAUAAACCCACGAUGCAAUUUGUCUGGUAAAUGCCAAAGCUUCGAAAUUGCAGUGGAGAGAGCUGAGAUUUAAGAUGUGGAAUGACCUCUUCCAUGGUGUUAUGCCAAAGCUUUAACCUUUUCACCUCCAAACACUCUUCUUCUUCUUCUUCAUCCUUUUCUUCUUCUUCUUCCUCGAAGACUUUGAGUUUGGUGGUUGGUUUGGAUAAGCGUUGGAGCAAGAGUCGCGGUGGGUUUGCUGCAAAUGCAAAGGCCAGGAGGAAGAAGAAGAGCUGGUGGUACAGAUUCUUCUUGGACGACGAUGGCAAUUGGCUUGGUCUGAAGGAGGACGAUAUGCUGGACCUCGAAGAAGAAGUAAAGGAAGAAUCAGAAUCAGAAGCAGAAGAAGAUGUUGAGGUUGAAGUUGAUGAUGGUUCUAAAUUUGAGGCCUGGAAGAGGAGAGCGGAGGCCAUAGUUGAGCUGCGUGAAGCCCAGGAAGACAGGAGGAAUGAGGAGUCUCGUAGCUGGGAGGAUUGGCUUGCCACUGAUGGGGAGAAGGGUCAUCAAGAUUUGGAUUGGGACUACAACAAUGGUGGAGCUGGAGCAGGAGCAGGAGCAGGAGCAGGAGCUUCUCCUCCUUCUGGGAAAUCCAUGGAUGAGGAGGAGAAGGUGUUUCCUGAAAUGGGUUUGGUUAGGUCUGUUAGGAAUUGGCUUGCUGGUGAUGAGGAUGAUUUGCUGUAUGAAGAUCGAGUCUUCCGCUAUGCUUCCAUUAAUUCAGCUAAGUUUUUGGCAGUGUUGAUCAUUGUGCCUUGGGCAUUGGAUUUUGUGUUGCAUGACUAUGUUCUUAUGCCAUUUUUAGAGAGAUAUGUGGAGAAAGUGCCACUGGCUGCUCAAAUGCUUGAUGUGAGAAGAAACCAGAAGCUUGAAAUAGUGGAAGAGCUCAAAAUGGAGAAAGCCAGGUUGCAGCUGGAGGUUGAAAUUGGCAAGUCUCCUCCUCUAUCUGAUGAUCACCUUUGGUGGGAGUUAAGGGACAAAGCAUUAGAGUUGAGGGAAGAGAGGAGGUUAGAAAACCGUGGAGCAUUUGCCAACAUUUGGUCAGACAUGGCGUUUGGGAUAUCAGUGUUCAUUCUUUUGUACUUCAAUCAGAGUCAAGUAGCUUUGCUCAAAUUUACAGGUUAUAAAAUUAUAAACAAUAUAUCAGAUACUGGCAAGGCAUUUCUAAUUAUACUUAUCACAGAUAUUUUUUUGGGGUAUCACUCAGAGUCUGGUUGGCAAACAUUGGUAGAGAUUAUAGUAGAACAUUAUGGAGUGGAGGUGGAUCAGGCUACCAUAACCAUUUUUAUCUGCUUGGUUCCUGUUGUCAUUGAUGCCUGUGUCAAACUAUGGUUGUUCAAGUUCCUUCCAAGAUUAUCUCCCAAGGUUUCCAACUUAUUCAGGGAAAUGAAGCGUCACUAAGACAACAACAGAUGCAAAGUUGGGUUGGUUUGGUUUGGUUUGGAGUUGGACUCAACUCACCACUACCACAACAACUACUACUACUUCCACUCUUUGUAACAUUUAUUAGUUUACAAUGUAUACAUAGUCAAAAGCAAUGUGGCUUCUUCCUCCUCUUUACACUCUAUUCUUAUUAUUUUUUCUAUUUGAUCAUCUUUGGGGGAGAUUUUUUUUAUUGACAGAAAUAAAUAAAAAUGAAGCACAUUUUUUUUUUC